AUGGCUGGCUACAACAAUAGACCACUGAGUUUCUCCGAGAGAAGAGGGAGCAUGCUCAGCGACGACAUGACGCUCAACACUGGAUCCAGUUCCAGCAGCACGAGACUCGAGAAGAUGCCGCAACGGCCGGGACACAUUAGAGGGCCGCCUACACCCAGCAUGACUACUCCUGCCGCAGACUUCGACCAGCAGUUGACGGGAUCGCCACCUCCCCCGCCCACACCAGCUGCCUCGCCAGGCCCCUCACAUCAUCAACUCGACUGGAGCGAUGCUGCCGAUGACGAAGACUUCUUUCUCGCCAAAGUGCGCCAUCACUUCAAGAACUCUGGCGGUCCUCACCGCACUCGCCUCCUGGCCGAUCUUCUGAACAUGUGCACAAGUCAACAGCUGAGCUUCGUUCACCAGUUCGUCAGCCCCCUUCUCAAGAAGGAUCCAUUCACGAGCCUUCCAGAUGAGCUGUGUUUGCGCAUUCUUUCCUUCAUAGAUGACCCCAAGGUCUUGGCUCGUGCCUCGCAAGUGUCCCGGAGAUGGAGAGACUUGUUGAGCGAUGACAUGACGUGGAAGAACCUUUGUGUUAAGCACGACUACGGCAGACGCUUGUCUGAGGUUGCUUCUUCGAUGGGCAGCGGAUCUCGACCUGGCGCCCAGCCUCUAUGGGGAGACGACUAUGCCAGCAGCAGUUUCCCGGGUGCGCUGCCUAUGACGGCUCACGCCUCUGGAUCCCGCAGUCUUGAUGGAUCCGGCAAUUCAAGACCCAAGAUGAGGUCUUACAAGUCGCACUUCAAGCAGCGAUAUCUCGUCGAGGCCGCCUGGAGAUCCGGUGGCACUAGCACCACCAGGAACAUCACUCAGGAGGGUGGUGUAGUUACGAGCUUGCACUUGACGCCCAAGUACAUUAUAGUGGCCCUUGAUAAUGCCAAGAUCCACGUCUUUGACACCAAGGGCAACCAGCAACGCACUUUGCAGGGCCACGUUAUGGGUGUUUGGGCAAUGGUUCCUUGGGAUGACAUUCUCGUCAGCGGCGGUUGCGAUCGUGACGUGCGAGUAUGGAAUCUGGCUACGGGUGCUUGCCUCCACACGCUCCGUGGACAUACAUCAACGGUUCGGUGUCUGAAGAUGUCUGAUGCAAACACGGCGAUUUCGGGCUCGCGCGAUACGACGCUUCGAGUAUGGGAUAUCCGCACCGGUUUAUGCAGAAACGUUCUUGUCGGCCAUGGCGCUAGUGUUCGAUGCCUCGAGAUCAAGGGAGACAUCGUGGUGUCAGGCAGCUACGACACGAUGGCGAAGGUUUGGAGUAUUUCCGAGGGCAGGUGUAUCCAGACGCUUCAAGGUCACUUUAGUCAGAUCUACGCCAUUGCCUUUGACGGCAAGAGAGUUGUCACUGGCAGUCUCGACACCAAUGUCCGCAUCUGGGACCCCAGAACAGCUGAAUGCCUGGCUAUCCUGCAGGGUCACACUUCCCUCGUGGGUCAGUUGCAGAUGCGCGGAGACACUCUUGUCACAGGCGGCUCAGAUGGCUCGGUGCGAGUUUGGUCACUGGAGAAGAUGUGCCCCAUUCAUCGACUUGCGGCUCACGAUAACAGCGUGACCAGCCUGCAGUUUGAUGACACGAGGGUCGUUAGUGGUGGAAGUGACGGCCGGGUCAAGAUCUGGGAUCUGAAAACUGGUCACCUGGUCAGAGAGCUUAUUGCUCAAGGAGAAGCAGUCUGGAGGGUGGCUUUUGAGGAUGAGAAGUGCGUCGCUCUGGCUUUGCGACAAAACCGUACCGUCAUGGAGGUAUGGUCUUUCUCUCCUCCGGAGGAUGUUCUCUACGACCGUCCACUCUCUCUUCAACAGCGAGUCCUUCAAGAGGCGCCCAACAGACCCUUGAGCGCCAUGCAGCUUGACUAUAGACAAACCCAGCCCACUGUCGCUGGGUCCAGUCGAGAGGCUGCUGGAAGUCAAGACGUUGACAUGAGAGACGCUGGCUCCAUCAUCACCACCCCCACGAUGUUCUCCCGCGCGAUCAGGUUAAACAGAGCAGUGCCUCUGCGCACUCGCGCCCCGGCCACUUUUGCUGCUGCAUCCCGGUCCGUCACCACCAACGCUGCAUCGGCAACUUUGGAGAAGGGAGUUCCCCAGUCCGACGAUGAGCCUUUCCAGAUCACCCUGAGCGAUGAGAGCUUCGAGACCUACCAGCUCGACCCCCCGCCGUACACCCUCGAUGUCACGAAGAAGGAGCUGAAGCAGAUGUACAAGGAUAUGGUUGUUGUCAGACAACUCGAGAUGGCCGCCGAUCGCUUGUACAAGGAGAAGAAGAUUCGUGGUUUCUGCCACUUGUCCACCGGUCAGGAGGCUGUCGCUGUGGGCAUUGAGCACGCUCUUACCCGCGAGGAUGACUUGAUCACUGCUUAUCGUUGCCACGGCUUCGCCUACAUGCGUGGCGGUACCGUCCGCUCCAUCAUUGGUGAGCUGUUGGGCCGCCGCGAGGGUAUUGCGUACGGCAAGGGAGGUUCCAUGCACAUGUUCACCAAGGGCUUCUACGGUGGCAACGGUAUCGUCGGUGCACAGGUGCCCGUCGGUGCUGGUCUGGCUUUCGCUCACCAGUACACUGGUCGCAAGAACGCCUCCGUUAUCCUGUACGGUGAUGGUGCCAGCAAUCAGGGCCAGGUCUUCGAGGCUUUCAACAUGGCCAAGCUCUGGAAUCUGCCCGCCCUGUUCGGCUGCGAGAACAACAAGUACGGUAUGGGUACCGCCGCUGCUCGUUCCUCAGCUCUCACAGAUUACUACAAGCGCGGACAGUACAUUCCUGGUCUCAAGGUCAACGGCAUGGACGUCCUCGCUGUCAAGGCCGCCGUCAAGUACGGAAAGGACUACACUGUUGCUGAGAACGGACCGCUCGUCCUCGAGUACGUUACCUACCGGUACGGUGGUCACUCCAUGUCCGACCCCGGUACCACCUACCGUACCCGUGAGGAGAUCCAGCGCAUGCGUUCUACCAAUGACCCCAUCGCCGGUCUCAAGCAGAAGAUCAUGGACUGGGAGGUUGUCACUGAGGACGAGCUCAAGACCAUUGACAAGGAGGCCCGCAGCUUCGUCAACGAGGAGGUUGCCGCUGCUGAGGCCAUGGCCGUCCCCGACACCACCCCCAAGAUUCUCUACGAGGACAUCUACGUCCCCGGUACCGAGCCCCAGUUCAUCCGUGGCCGCACCCCUGAUGAGACCUACUACUUCAACUAA